ACCUCAACAACUAUUAUGGGUCAUGUGACAUUUCUCUUCCCACCAUAAUAUCAUUGCACCAAAAAUCUAUUUUCUACAGAACCAAAAAUCCUGAAACGUUGCUGAAAUCAAUGGAUGAGAAUAACUCAUCAACCGAAGAAAUCAACUUCGCCAUCAAAAUUCCAGAGGUGAGUAAAGAUCGUGUGCUUCUGAUGAACCAGAAGAUCUCUGAGCCUCCGCGGAUACUCAGCAAUGGCGCCGGGAAAGCCUCCUGCUCCAUUUUUAGAGUCCCUAAGAGCUUAAUAGAAGUCAACGGCAAGAUCUACCAGCCUCACAUCGUCUCCAUCGGACCUUACCACCGUGGUGACCCUCAAUUGAAAAUGAUCGACGAGCAUAAGUGGCGGUACCUUGGUUCUUUACUAGCGAGAACAGAAAAAACCAGAGGCUUAAAGUUGGAGGAUUACCUGAUCGCCAUGGCUGAGCUUGAAGAAAAAGCUAGAGAGUGUUACUCCGAGACGAUUCACCUAAACUCCGACGAGUUUGCCGAAAUGAUGGUCCUAGAUGGCUGUUUCAUCAUCGAAUUGCUGAGAAAAGCAGCAAAUCUGGUCCUGUUCGAACCUGACGAUCCGAUUCUCUCCAUGGCUUGGAUAAUCCCCUUUUUUUACAGAGAUUUCCUUCGUCUCGAGAACCAGAUCCCUUUCUUCAUCCUCGAAAAGCUCUUCGAGAUCUCCGAAUCGAAAUCGAAAGAACCUGGUCUAACUCUCUUAGCUCUACAAUUCUUCGACAACGCGACGCAGAGACCAGAAGGAGUGAUCGAGAAGCAUCAAGAUCUAAAACCUCGCCACCUACUCGAUCUAAUUCGACUGAGUCUGAUCCCGCGGAGUCACCCGGAGCCGCGUAGCAGACGAAAGACACCGGCUCACAUAAUCCACUGUGUGUCGAAGCUACGCCGAGCCGGAAUCAAUCUUCGAGCGACGGAGGAGGACACAUUUCUCUCGGUGAAAUUCCAAGGCGGAGUGAUAGAGAUGCCGCCGAUAACAAUCGACGAUUUCACGACGUCGUUUUUGCUAAACUGCGUGUCGUUCGAGCAGUGCCAUAAGUCGUGUACGAAACACUUCACAACAUACGCAACAUUGUUGGAUUGUUUGGUGAACACGUACAGGGACGUGGAGUUCUUGUGCGAUCGGAACAUAAUGGAGAAUUGUUACGGAAACGACGGUGAAGUGGCGCGUUUUAUCAACAAUAUGGGAAAAGACGUUGCGUUUGAUAUCGAUAUGUGUUAUUUGGCGGAUUUGUUUGAUGAUGUGUAUCAGUAUUAUCGGAAUAGUUGGCAUGUUCAGUGGGCUGGUUUUAAGUACACUUACUUUGAUACUCCUUGGUCUUUUAUUUCAGCUUUCGCUGCUCUAGUAUUACUUCUUCUGACUGUUGCUCAAACUGUUUACACUGUUUAUAGCUUUUAUAAACCCUAAUCAGAACACAUAUAUACAUAUAUCUCAAUAUUGUAGCUUAUAUAUGUAUAUCUUAAUACAAAUUAUUGUUAUUUUAUUCAGAUAAUAAAAUAAGGAUAUAGUAAAAAAGUUAUUAAAUGGAA